GUUUCUGUUUGGUGCAUCGAAACCACAAUAGUAACAGUCAUUUUGGCUUCAUAAUUGAUAUUGGAAAUGAGAGGAGGUUCUUGCUCCAACAUGCUAAGAUUGGCUAUUCGUUGUCUUCCCAUUAUAUUAAUCUUGUUGGCGGGUUUUUGCCAUGGACAAACAAGUAAUGAUAGCGGAUCAUCCACUGGAACAGACGCUACCUCCGAUUCGGAUACUAAUACUGGUUCAAGUACUAACACCGGAACUGGUACCGGCUCUGAUACCGGCUCCGGUACCGGUACAGGUACCGGCACCGGCACUGGCACUGGUACUGGCACCUCUGGUACUGCCACUGGUUCGUCUAACCAGCCUGUCAGGGUUCGAUUUAGUAACCUUCAGCUGCAACUCAACGGUCUAAGGCUUCAAAAUAGCAGACGACGUAGUGCAAAGAAAAAGGGCAAAGGUACUCGACGGCGGAGUGCACGAAAUAAGGCACCGAGACGAAAGGUAACCAAAAUCAGACGCAAUAGUCGCCGUUCGCCGCGUCGUCGUCCGUCGGGUCGUCGUUCGUCGCGUCGUCGUCCCCAACGUCGUCGUAGCCGCACCAUGCCCAACAGAGCACGCAAGAAUAGAGGUUAAUUUUGGUGGUAGUAUAAUAGUCGUUUUGGGUAAUUUAUUGUCUUAUUUAUUCUGAAAAAUACAUGCAAACUGCGAAAUGUUUAGAUGACAUUA